AAGUUGUACUUUAUGUAUAGCACCUGUUGUGCCGUCAGUUGUGCAGUCUCCAAAAAACCCAACCCCUCAGUCUAUCUCAGUCUCCACCAAGUUAUGACUCGAGAGCUUCGCCAGACAACAGAACUCAUUUCUGGGCACAGACUGUAUCAGGUUGCUGCAGAGCUCUUCUAAUGCGUAAAAGAUCUGCUGGGAUUUAUUCACACUGAGUCCAAGAAACGCACCGUGGACGCGCGCUUUUAGCCAAAAUGCAUCGGCGCUCUUCUAAUGAUCUUUGUACCAUAGAUGAUCCGCCUGCAUACGGACGCUUUCACAACUAAUUCCAGGAUUAUCAUCACUUAGUAUCCAACUUUUUCUCAGAACCAACAGGUGCGCACUGGCUUUACGCAGGUCUCCAAGCUUUGGAUGAGGAUUUGUCUUGAUUUAUUGAGACAUAAAUUUCACUUUUUUCCCAAGAAGGACUGAUGAUUAAGAUUAUGUGGAUUCUACUCUGCCUGUAUCCUCUCCAAAUGUGUCCAAAACAGCACUGGUGUCCUGUAAACGACGCAUGUGCGUGGUGAUCCAAAACCAUCACCGUUCAACAGCGUUUUUGUGAUCGCCAACCCACCACUCCAUCCAUCCAAAUGAUCCUUCCAUUAAUAUUCCUUCUUGCAUCGCUUCUCCAACGAUAUGGCUCGGAAGCUGAAUCAAGUCAUGUCAGCAAAUUUCACCCUCCAAGUGUAAAGGAGCAGAACGGAGUGCAAGAUUCCCAUCAGGAGAAGAUCAUAACAGUGUCUGGAGAGGGAAUGGUCCAGAGCCCAGACUUCCCAAACACUUAUCCCAGGAAUACCGCGUUGGUCUGGAGACUAGUGGCGACCAAUAACAUGAGGAUCCAGCUCAACUUUGAUGAAAGGUUUGGUCUGGAGGACCCCGAAGAUGGCAUAUGCAAGUACGACUUUGUGGAGAUAGAGGAUCCGACUGAGAACACCAUCCUGGGUCGCUGGUGCGGGUCGCAGUCGGCACCAGCUAGUCACACGUCCAAAGGCAGUCAGAUCAGGAUCCGCUUCAUCUCUGAUGAGUACUUCCCGUCUGAGCCGGGAUUCUGCAUCCGCUACUCCCUUCUUCCUCCGAGUGUAUCAGAACCAGAAGUCCCUGCCGUUCUGCCUCCAUCCCAGCAGGGUAUUGAGGAGCUGUCAGACGCUGUGGCAGGGCUAGGAACAGUGGAGGAGGUCAUGAAGUUCCUGGAGCCGGAGCGAUGGCAGCUGGAUAUGGAGGAGUUGUACAAACCUACAUGGCAUGUGCUGGGGAAAUCCUUCAUCCUUAAUAAGAAGGCCAGAGGAGGAGCCGAUCUCAAUCUGUUGAGGGAGGAAGUUCGGCUGUACAGCUGCACGCCACGCAACUUCUCUGUGUCCUUGCGUGAGGAGCUGAAGAGGACAGAUGCCAUUUUCUGGCCAAGCUGCCUCUUAGUCAAGCGCUGUGGUGGAAACUGUGCCUGUUGCUCUCACCGCUGCUACGACUGCCAGUGUGUUCCCGCCAGGGUCACGAAGAAAUACCAUGAGGUUCUACUGUUGAAACACCGGAGCGGUGUCAGAGGCCUGCAGAAGUCCAUGACUGAUGUGGCCUUGGAGCACCAUGAGGAGUGUGCCUGUGUGUGUAAAGAUGACUGGGACUGACCUCACACACGUGUAAUAGCCGCCACUGGAAUCACACGGGACGAUAGAAAUGAACGUCUGCUGCAACGUUCUGUAUCUCAUCCACUUCCACUGGGAGCUAACUAGAUUGUCCCUUUAUCCUGUUGUCCUUUCGCUAAUUGGAUGAAGCAGAACAGACUGGAAUCUAAUAAAUCUUCUGAAUGGAUUUGACUGCUGUGGAAUACCAAUAGUGUGCUCUGAGUGCAUUUUUAGAGAGACAAAAAAUCCACUGGAGCAGAUCUGGACUAUUACCUAUGUGCUCUGAAGACUAUUUUCUCCAGCUCACAGAUAAGAACAUUGAGGUAUUUUUGCCUCGUCUUCUUGAGGUCUUUUUUAAAGUUCAGCCAACGUGGGCUGAUAGUGUCAUGGAAAAUGGGAGCUUCUUUGUUCAAGUACUUUUUUAUGUCUAUAAGUGAGCUAGCUCCAGCUGCCUUACUCCCUCCGCUCGUCUAUUAUUACCACCAAGGCAAAGAAAGGUGCUUUUUCAUGAGCAGUUUUCCUUUGCUCCCCUCUUGUUUCACCACAGAUUUAAUCUGCAGCCACGGUAUCGCUGAAAUGCCUUGCUAAUGAGACUGUAUUAUGUGUAAAUAUUUCAUUUACAUUUCCUUUCUGUACUAUUGUGCCUUUUUCUACCAAAGAUUCUCAAGGAGAAGAUACAGAUUGCACAUGUAGAAUCAGUUGGGUGUUGUUCAUUACAACAAUUCAUUCAACCCAUCUCAGCAAUUUCUGCUUGCUUCAGGAAUGCCUCGCCUCAAACAAUUCUUGCUACAUUUGAGAUUGUUCAUAUUCAAUAUUUAUUUGUUUAAUGAAAGGGAAAUUUAGGUCCAAAAUGUCUUGUUUGUUACACGUGUCACUGUACAGUAGUAUUAGCCUCCUGUUUUCAUUCUUAGUCAUUUUACAUUGCCAUUGUGUCAUGGAUGUUUUCAAUUUUCUGUAUGCCAAAGUUAUUUAUCUCUUCUUUUGCAAUAACUGUUUGUUUAUUUCAUUGUACUGAACAUCAAAAAUAAAUUCUUCCAUUUCUAAUUGGAGGUACAGUACUUAGGACUGGUGAACAGUGAACAAACUCAAACACACUAAAGAUCUAAAACAAUAACAAACAAUACACAAAUACUCCAUUUACCAGAGUCCUAAAGCAAAGAUAGGCAAUGCUGGACAUGUUUUUAAAGAAAGAAAUGAUGAUAAUAUUUGGAAAAGAUACUAUAUGUAGUUUAUAAGUAUAGUAGGUGGGAGAAACUCUGACCAUUGGUUGAGAGGUUCUCUGUUAAGCUCAACAUCAAUCAUUCCACAAUUCAAAUAAGGUGAAAUUGCAGAAAUGUGGCUCAAGAACCAAACCUUCCACUACAACAUAUUCCUCUGUGCAACAUAUUCCUCUGAGCAAUAUAACAGUUAGUCUUAAAUUCAUUAGGAGCGGUGGGGGAGGAUGGGAAGGUCAUAUUCAUGUUGCUUUGAAUUAUUAAUCUGAUUUUCUUUCAACACAAAACAGAGGAUUUCAUAACAGCGAGUAAUUUUCUCUUUGUAACAUUUCUCUAAAUGCAGCUUACAAGUACUUCACAGAAAAUCCACAACAAAGACUUAAAAGAGACCUUGGGUUAACUUAACACAACGGCUGCAUUUACAUGCACACUAAUAUUCCACUAUUAUACCGAAUAUGACAAUAUUCUGAAUUUGUUAUGGGUCAUGUAAACAGCAUUCUGUUUGGAUAUUAGGCCUUUUUUUAGAUGGAGCAUUUUCCGAGUAAGACACAUGGGAUAUGCUGAUAUUAAAAAAACAGAAUAUUUUGUGCAUGUAAACAUAGUCAUUGUCACAACCACGGUUUCUCCUUUGUGUCUCCUGUUUUCCCCUGUCUGUCUCUGUUUGUAUGUGGUGUUGGCGUGACUCUCCAUCCUGAUUACGACUCAUUCACCUCACCUGUCCAGUGUGCACAGCUGCCUUCCAUCUACUCAUCAACUCCACAGUAUAUCUACUCUGUUUCUCCAUCUGCUCUGUUUCAGCUCUUGAAGUAGAUUCAAGUCUCAGGCCUUCUCUAGUGGUUCUUCUUGUGAGGUUAUUGUUGCAGUGUUGUUGUUUCUCUGCCUGUUCCUCCAGUGUCCUAUGAUCACUGCAUUCCCGCCUGCUUUCCAGCCUACCUAUAACCUGCCCACUUCGCCUCUGCUUUGCUCUAGUCCAGCCACGCUCCAGCAUUCCUCCAUUACUCAUUAUUCCCGCCUGCAAACCUCUGGACAUUUAUUUCCCCAUCUCCAGCUUCCAACCUCAGCAAUAAAUCCCAUUCUCUUAAAACCUCUCUCCCUAUGUCUGCGUUUGGGUCCUCGCUCACCGAUCACAACACAUAUACAAAAAAUUAAUAAUGGAAAUUGAAGUAGAAACAAAAUUAAACAAAAUGAUUAACUACCUUAAUUAAGGACCAUAAUUUAAAUAGUUUUCCAAGUAUUACUCAGCUGUAAAUGGAAAUGAGGCGCAACACUAUCUAUCUAAAGAGCAGUCUAACAAGAUUAUCAUGUGUUUAUUUUGUUUUCAAAUUUUUGCCAUUCAAUGCUUUAGUUGUACUAAUGAUUAUCUACAGUAAAGAGUUCGGGCCACCAGAUUGUAUUGUGAACUUUUAACAUGGCAUCAUCUGCAUAGAAAUGUAACAAAAGUUAAUGUUUCCAAGGUGGCGUAUCCCACAGGUUUGUUCUGAUGGGACUCUUCAAGGCUUCAAUUUUGUAGCAAAAUCUCAGCUAAAGGUCAAGUGAGUUGUCAAAGUGCCCCUCUUGUGUGACCACAUAGGGCAAAAAUUAACCCUUGCCUCUAUCCUAAAUACCAAUCUUGAACCACUUGACUCUGAUUUUGCAUAAUUGCAUAAAGGUGCAGAGAUAAAGAUAAGCCUUCAGUUCAUUUAACAAUGAGCUGAAUUAUUAAAAGGAACCAUCAGGAAGUGUUAAUUAAAGAAUCAGGAAACCUUUAGAUUGCCAAAUCUUUUUCUUUUUUCUUCCGUGUGUUGUUGAAGAAGUUGAGACUUGGCUGACAAUAUUGGCUUUGUGCAGGAAUGAGUAAGCCUGUAAGAGCGUAAAGUAAAAUAAGAGAGAUAAUGACUUAACUUGCUACUAACCUCGUACUUGUGAGUUACUCAUUUUUUUUUCUGAUAUCACCUUUUAACCUAUACGCAUUACCUUAAAACCUAAAGAGUGAGCAAUGUUCCCCCUUAAGCCUUAUUAGUUUUUUUUCUUUGUUUCACUAGCUCCUUAUCAGACACUCAGCAGCGUUGUUCAUCCUCCCCCUUGGCCAUCAGGUCACCCAGGAGGAGGUUCUCAUUUGUCCAUCUCACGCUGCUGUCCUGGCCAAUUACUCUGAUCUAAUGUGCGCCCUGGCAGGCAUCUGCGGUGACGCCAGAUGCUACUGCAUAAAGCCGCCGGCUCCCAGUUCCCACUGUGGUUUUUGUAAUAUUAAACAGACUGCCUUCCUUAGUUGGUGCAGUGUUUCUUUUCAGAGGAAACCUCACUGCAUUGGCACAAGAUGUGACACAGCAUGGGCAGUUGAUCUAGUUCUUUGUGUGUUUGUGUAUGCGUGAGACUGUGUGUGUAUGGAUGUGUGCAACUAUAAUCCACCACUUAUCGCUGCCACCCAUCACCCACAUGCACCCACUGCUCAUUGCCUCCUUCGCUGUGAAACCAAAAGCAGCCUCAGUCAGGCUACACCGCAGCAUCAUGGUGCAAUUUAAGUGUCUCUACUUAACGCAAGAAACUAAAUUUUAAUUCAUUUGGUCUCAGAGGAAAAAUAAACUCUUAACCUGCACUCAACUUAGAAGUGUUGCUCAACUUGUGGGAUGGACAGAAAAAGUAUAGAGCAGUGUGAAUAGAAACUCAAACUUUUCUAACAGGAAAUCCAACCUGCACUGUCUGAGUGGUGCAGACACUACACGAGUGGUUGCUAAGCCCAGCAGACGUUACCCAAAUAACAAAAAGUUGAAUCUCACUCACUGGCUGAAGUCUUUGAAAGCUUUUGGAGUUUGACACUUGCUCUGACCAAAGGCUGAGGCACAAUGACAGUCUCUUUCUGCCUCCUCUACACAUGACUCAUCUCUACAAUAGACGCAACACACUCCAACAUCUCCUCCUACAAAAGACUUGUUAAAUGAAAUCACAGGACUGACCUCUAAUAAAUUACAGGUUUGACCUUUUCCUCUGCAUAUCCGAAGAGCUGAAAAGAUGGAGCCUCCUACACUUCUAUACACAUCAUUGGAGAAAAUAAUAAAUCCAACCUCCAGUGCAUCAAAGAUGUAAGAGUUGUCCCUGACAUUGUUCUGUCAAUGGAAAGUGUGGAGGUUGCAUCGUUAUUAUUAUCUUAUCUGGUUCCUUUACUGCGUUGUACAAAUCCAUUUGAAUUUA